ACUAGGCGGGUGGGACUGGGCUAGACGGGACGGGACGAGACUGGGCAGCCCAGUUCUCCGACUCCUCCCUCUGUCCCUCUGCCCGCCGGCCGUUGUUCCUCUCUCCACAAGUCCCUUUGCCCGGCUUCCCUUCUAUCUCUCCUGAGAUAUCCCCCUCCUCCAGGCAGCCCUCCUGCCCGCGCCGCGCGCCCAUGGAUUACUCCUACCUCAACUCAUACGACUCCUGUGUGGCCGCCAUGGAGUCCGCCUACGGCGACUUCAGCCCCUGCGGCCAGGCGGGCGCCUUCCAGUACAGCCCCUUGGGGCGGCCUGCCUUCAGCGCAGCAGCCGCAGCAGGGCCCGCCUGCCCUGGCCUUGCCUCACCCCCCUGCGGCCUGGGCGCCUUGCGGGAUCACCAGCCCGCACCCUACUCCACAGUGCCAUACAAGUUUUUCUCGGACCCCUCUGGGCUAAGCGAGAAACGCAAGCAGCGUCGGAUCCGCACGACCUUUACAAGCUCCCAGCUCAAGGAACUGGAGCGAGUGUUUGCAGAGACCCACUACCCGGAUAUCUAUACACGGGAGGAGCUAGCCCUCAAGAUCGACCUGACUGAGGCUAGAGUGCAGGUCUGGUUCCAGAAUCGCAGGGCUAAGUUUCGGAAGCAGGAGCGGGCAGCCAGUGCCAAGGGUGCUGGGGGAGGGGCAGGUCCUCCAGGCACCAAGAAGGGGGAGACCCGAUCCUCCUCUGAGGAUGAUGAGUCCAAGGAGUCCAACUGCAGCCCAACACCAGACAGCACAGCUUCCCUGCCUGGGCCUGGUGGCCUAGCCAGCCCAAGCCCUAGCCUCAGCCUCAGCCUCAGCCCCAGCCCUGGCCUGCCCCAAGCCCCAGCCCCUGCCCCUCUCAAAGGGCCCCUGUGGGCUGGUGGGCCAGGGGGAGGAGGAGGUGGGCCUGGGGCACCUAGCCCUGCUGAGCUGCUCAAGGCCUGGCAACCUGCAGAGCCAGGGCCUGGUCCCUUCUCUGGCGUCCUCUCUUCCUUCCACCGGAAAGCCCCAACCUCAGCCUCAGCCACGGCUGCCCUCAAAGCCAACCUCUUCUAACUGUGCCCCUCACCCCCUGCCCUAAUCUCCUGGAAGCUGCACAGCUGAGAUGCUCCUGCUUCCUCUCCCUCUCAGACAGGGGCAGGUAGUCACUGCCUUCCCUUCUGGGGAUCCUGCCAUGGCCAGAGACAUUGCCCUUCACUCCACUAAGAUGUUCCUUUCCUCCCUUCUGAACCCUGUCACUGCCAGAGACCCCAUCUCUACCUACCCCAGGCAUUUCCUUCCUGAACUUCUCUUGAAGUGAGAGAUAGCCCACUCCCCUUACCCUGCCCUGACAGAUGUCCCCUUUUCUCUGAGAAUCCUGUCUCACUGAGACACCCACUUCUCCCCGACCCACCUUGUAAGGAUGAUCUUGCCAUAGCCAGAGACGACCCUUCUCUCAAUGUGCCAAUCCCCAGAAAUGCCCCUUCCUCCCCACUCUCCCAAGACUACAUCCCAAGCAGAAAUGCUCCAUGGCUGAAGGCCACCCUCUCCAAAGCGCUCCCUUCCACAUUCUGGACACUAUCACAGCCAAAGAUGUUUCUCUCUGGAUGACCACAUCAGCACCCCAGUUAUCAAUGACAGCCAGAGUGACAUACACUUUCCUUUGACUCCCCAUCCCAAGGAUCCACUAUGCCUGGACAUGCCCUCCCCUGGAGAAAUAGGAGACUGCUCCAUUUCUGGGGACUCCAUCCUCAAUGUUCAGUGUCCCCUCUUCUGAUUCCCCUUCUCCAUCCUCUCCACAAGUCCCUGGGGAAAUUCCUUAAAGCAGCCCAGCUACUCAUGCAGUUGGGAAAAGAAGAUCCUCCAAGGUAUUACGUGUGAGGAGGCACUGUGGGAGGGGGCCAUCGACCACAGCUAGUCCCUUUCCUGGGCUCUGGAGCUGGCAAGAUGGAUUCUGUGGUUCAUCUACCAUGAGGGCCAAGACCACCCAGCUGGGGAAGGGGCUGCUGCCUAUAGUGGGCCCUGACCCUCUUAGACAACUGGACCUAGGGCUGAGAGGGCCUUUAAAGACCAUGUGGUACAACCCUGCUCAUUUUACAGAGGAGGAAACUGAGGCUUGGAGAGAGGGAGUCACCCACAGUCACACAGCUAGUGAGGAGCAGAGUUGCCUGGACUCUUUGCUCUCACUUCCCAGGGCCAUUCAUGCAUGGGUCGGGCAAAGGGUAGGAAGGAGGGGUGACUAUUGCUCCAGACCAGGAUCCCUAAAGGCCAGGCAAGGGCAUAAUUAUUUCCUCUUUUUUUUUUCUUCCAACUUUUGUUUUCCUUUCUAAAACUCAUCUGUAAUUUAUUGAGAUCAAAUUCUGCUCAAUCCAAAUAAAAUUAAUUUAUUGAAGCCA